AGGAGUCUGUGGAGAACACUGAAGGUGUUCAUGAGCACAAUCAACUCAACACAUGUGAUGGCCCAGCCGCCCGCUCUGAAGAAUCAAGACCGUCUUCAAUGGUCUUCAAAGAAGCCCCCAGAGACGUCUCAUGUCCAGCUGAUGCCUCAGAUGCAUUUACAUCUACAUGUGAUCAGAUGCAACGCAAGAAUGUGAACACUGAUUUGAUCAGGGAAAAAGCUGCACUUCUGAAGAAGGAAGGGAAGUUUGUUGUGAACGAAAAGCGCCUUCUUCAGUUGUUCAGUUCUAAAUGUCCGUCAUGUGGAUGUGGGCUUCAGAUGGACAAGGCCACCCACGGCCUCCUCGUCAUCCUCACCCAGCAGUGCCUUUGGUGCGACUACACGUACCAGUGGAGGAGUCAGGUCGCUGGUGGCGUCCCAGCAGCUGAACAGAAACGCCCGCCAGAGGCAGCACCGACAGACGACACCCACAGCAGCAUCACAGGCGUCCCUGAGAUCGUUGCAGUUAUCGAUGAGGAGAGCGAUCCCAUGAAUGAAACGGAGGAAUCGAGCGGUCCCGGUGACGUGGAUUCAGACGAGGACUGGAAGCCAGUAAAGGAUCUGUUCCCACUUAAAGUCCUUCAGGGGCAACCUGAUGAGAAACCCAAAGAGGAAGGGGCAGAAGAGGCGGAUGAUUACACGUCCAUCCUCCCCCCAAACAGCGAGCUGUGCACGGACUGUGGGAAGUUUUUCAAUAAACGAAAGUCUCACACCUGCGAGCACAAAGUAAAGCCUUAUUCCUGCAAUAUCUGCGGCAAGAGGUGCGUCAGCGAGAUUGCUUUAAACUCUCACGGCAGAAUCCACAAUGAAAGCUACGAGCAUCGGUGCAAAUACUGUCACGUCACGUUCAAAACCAAGGUGGACAAGAUGACUCAUGAGCAGACCCACCUCACUGAAGGGAAGCCCUAUAAAUGUCCAGACUGCUCAGAGACCUUCGCCUCCAACAAGGAGCGCACGCUUCACCUGGAAGANCAAAAACACACACACACGCAAAAAAAUGAUGGCAGUUUUGCGCAGCGGUUCAAGUUACCGGAGGACCCGGAGAGGAGGCUGGAGUGGGUCCAGUUCCUGGCCACGGUCAACAAGCAGCGAUUCAAGGAGUCGUCGUGGACCGACAUCACGAUCUGUCGGGAACACUUCAAAGAUGACUGCUUUGUGGAUCUGACCGGCACGGUUCAACUGAAGCCCGGUUCUGUCCCGACGGUGUGUCCGCAGACGGAGGAGCCAGAACCAGACCAGUGUGAGGUGAGCGUUGACCUCCGACCUCCUCCAUCCACAGCUGCGUCCUGGCUGUCAGGACUGCUGGGGAGCACGGUGACGGCGGAGCCCCUCUGGGAGACGGCGACGGAGCCCCUCAUGCGGCCGGAAUGGAGCUGGCGACGGAGGCCCUCCGGGGGCCGGACUGGGGCCGGCGACGGAGCCCCUCUGGCGGCCGGACUGGAGCACGGAGACGACGGAGCGCCUCUGGCGGCCGGACUCGGGCCGGACUGGAGCCUGCGGCGACGGAGCUCCUCUNAGAGGCCUUACAAGUGUCAGCACUGCGAUAAAUGCUUCAACCACAACGUGAGCUUGAAGAGUCACAUCCAGCGGUACCACACGUCGAGCUCCGGAUCCGAGCAGACAAAAGAAAAGGCAAAGGAAAGGGUGAGUGACGCUGGGGAUGCUCAGGGCAAAGGGAGCAACAGAAGCGUGGACUCUGGCCUUGACAAUGCCGAGGAAGAUGAGGACACAGAAGAGGAGGCGCUGGCGGGGAGAGUACACGGCUUUAAAAAGAAAAGGAGAAGCACGGGUCGACCCAUUGGACGUCCUAAGAGCUUCGGGUCAGGAAGCGCGGCUCUGUCAGUCGAAGUGGAAGGUCAGAGUUCAAACGCUCAGACGAAAGAAGAAAGCGACGACAAACCGGCGGAGAGCGACACAUCCUUUGGUUCAGCGGCGGAGGAAGAGGAGAGGAGCAAGAAGGUGAUGAAGAGAGGGGAGCAUUCUGACAGUGACUCUGAUUUUAAGCCGGCAGACAGAAAGAAAAAGAGGCGCCAAGGCAAAAGCUUCGGGAAGCACAGGGGGAGGCCGAGAAGCAAACUGGUGGUGUGACGACUGUUAAUGUGUACAUAGCCAAAGAGUUUAUUUUACUGUACAAAGAAGAGCCACAUUAGGACAUUUAUUUCCUAGAAAAUCCCUAAUACGAGGUACAAAACAUGUAUUUUGAUUACAGCCUGAGAAGCUUCAGAACACAUAUUCACAGCUGUGUGCAUCACGGCAUCGGGCUGGAAUUCAACAUAUACACCAUUGUGAUGUUAAGUGCCUGUGCUCCCGCCUGCUGUAGAUUCAUAGCAUUUUAUUCCUUAUAUUACUGUCACGUACAAUAAUGUUUGAUGCAUAAACUGCUUGAAAAUUAUUCACACGUGUUGCCAGCUGCCUACAAGGUGGGUUCGCUCUUCUGUACAUCUUAUCAGAUCGCUGUUUGGAAUAAUAUGUGUGAGAUUAUUCCUGAGAAGGGGCUAAGGAGGGAGUUUUAUUAUUUUGUGGCCAGAGAUGGAAAUCGUUUCAACUGCUUCUGUUUGGCGACAAACACAAACAGCAAUAAAGUACUACAGCAGCUAGGAAAGAUGUCUCCGGAA